CACGCGAUAAAUUCACCCCUUGUUUAACAUGGGAACCCAUAGAAAUAAUGAAUCUUGAUGGCCCUUCCCUAAGCCCUAUCCGAAUUCUUUGACAUCGUAAAACUCUUCUAUCAUAAUCUCUUCAUUUACGGUCCCGUUCCGGCGGCAACAUCGUUUUAAGUCCUUGCCGGCAGCAAUAUUGGCAGAGGUGUUGAAGGGAAAAACCACUGAAAAAGAAAUUUAGAUGAAUACUGGAGGAGAUGAGUGGCAAUAGUCUUAAGAAUGUGUUGGCUGCAGCAGUUGUAACAGGGGUGACUGAAGCUAGGGCAAGGAUCUUUGGACAUGUACUGAACCCAACGGGACAGAGAUCUCCCCACAAGCUUUUACGCAAAAAGCUCAUUGGUGAGAAAGUUUCACAAUGGUACCCAUAUGACAUCAAGAAGGACGACCCCCUUGUCAUGGCCAGACAGGAACAAGAGCGCUUAUCCAAGCUUGAAAUGUUGAAGCGGCGUGGCAAGGGACCACCCAAGAAGGGUCAAGGAAAGCGUGCUGCCAAACGUAACAAGUAGAGAUGGUCCCUGUUGAGUGCCAUUCGAAUUUGGAUGUAGUUGAUGUUAAGGAAAUCUUUGCUUAAUGUUGCAUAGACUCCAAAAACAUUUGUAGAUUUUACUAAUUUUGAUCGGAUUUUAGAAUAUGGGGAAAGCAACAAUUCUCUGUGGGCAUCCCCGCUCCUGUGAAAGGCUGUUUGUUAGUCAUGAUGCUUUUUCUUUCAACUGUUUUAUCCUGGUUUGCAGCGGUCUAGGGUUCUAUUAGAUCGGUGGAAUAUUUUUAAAGUUAUGUAAUGCUCAACCCAUUCUUGUCUUUGCCAUCA